GCGAACUCGAUGAGGGCUUGGAGAGAUUCUCGUUUCUCAUGUCUGGCGUUUGGCCGACUGUGGGAUAGAAUGAGGACGGAUUCAAGUGAGGCUCUCAGAUGUUGGGGAAAUUGGAAGGAGGCCAGCUCUAUGAAAAGGCAUCGGGGGGGACAGGAGAGCGUCGGACUCCGUCCGUGGUAUUAUUCAUUGGAAUCGUUUUACGGUUUAUCCUGGUGGGAGUUCUUUGCUGGAAGUUUUGAGCAUUUCAUGGAUUUCGCUACUAAUGUUUGUUCAAGUACUAUGUUGAAGUACUUCCAAAAGAAGUGUAAAGGUUUGGCGUCCUCAGGGGUGCCUGUGUUCUUGAACUUGGAUGAGGAUGGAGGGGUUCAUAUCGGUCAGGAUCGGGAGGAUACACCAGCAUAUAGGGAUCGCCUCAGCAAACGUAUUGCGUUGCAUAAUAUGCGUUGUACACAGUGGGACCUCGAUACAGAUGGGAUACCACUGGACAUCCAAGGGGACUCACUGCUUGUUAUUAACUGGCUCUGCGGGAAAUGGAAAGUAUUAGCUCAGGUAUAUCAGAAAAGGGUGGAUACUCUGAUUAAUAAGUUGGACGAAAUGCAGGAAACUUACUUGGUGAGGCCUCCAGAGGCCGGCCGUGACUUCUUCUCUCAUUCGUUUCGGGAAUGGAACCAGAAAGCUGACUUACUGACCCAUCAGGCCCGUCAGGGCCACGUGUACGCCGAUUUCGUUUACCUCAACGACUUUGAAUCUCAGUGUUAUAUUCCUUGCCUUAUCAAAGCCGGCUUUGAUGGGGGAGUUUGUAGCCGCGGAAGUGCCUGUGGUGCAUGGAUGCAGAUUGGUCUGCGAAACAAGUAUAUCUUCUCGCGGACCGACAUCAUUUUCAAGGAUGUGUAUCUUGCGGCUUGGUGUCUACCACCGAGCGCCACUGUUACAGAUGCGGAACUAUCGGCGGCGGAGCGCAUAUGCGAGGUGCUCCCACAGGUUGUGCAGACCUUCUUUGAUCAUUCGCAGUGAUUUGACACACAUUGUUUCUUCUUUUCCGUGUCUUGUAUAUUCCUGCAGCUUCGCUGCUCACUGACUUCCUCGUUUAUCUGUGUGUACUUUGCGUUUGAUUGUGUCAUUGCGGCAUGUGAUUCUCUUUAUUCCUUCAGCUUCGCUGUGUGGUAUAAGAGCUGACUGCUUGCGUGAUGAAUAAGAGGCUCUGUUUUGCCUGAGACUUUGUUGGACCUGGCCUCAGUGGCCAAGACGGUCCCAGCAAAGACGCAAAAAGACCAGGUUGAAGGCUCAAGGCGCUUGACAUUUGAUCCCCUCUGCCUGGGUAACCUCCAGUGGGAUCGAGUGCGCGUCAGGGAGUCACACGUUUGUCGCCUAGAGUGAUAUUGCACCGCCUUUCAUUUGACACGUUUGAUCGCCUUGAGUGGUCUUCAAUUGAUUUGUUUUGCUGGGUGCUUCCGAGGCAGUCUCUGCAAUCUUUCGCUAUGCCACACGUACGGAGUGCAAGUGCUCGCAUUAUGCGUCGGGCGCUGGCUGUUCAAAACGGAUACUGUGUGCGUUCACCUGUUCGUUUGCCUCUGGAAGGUUUGGUGCCGCCUACGUGUCUCCCACCACCAGGGCUGGAACGGACGACUGCCGAUUUGGUUCUAGAUUAUCUCUUGUUGCGCGAUCCACUUGUUGUUAAAUGCAGUUUGGAGGAGGAGGAGGAGGCUGACAUUACGACUGUUUCGGAGAACCUUUCUUGCCGUAUGCUUCAAGCCAGAUAUCCAUGUGCCCCUUCGGCAAAUGCUGGAGUGCUGGCUGCGGAUUCCGUGUUUGAUGUUGGAUUGCAGACUCGGUAUAAUCAUUUGGAGGUGGAGCAAGCUGCCGUUACGACACCCUCGGAGCAUUUUUCUUGCAGUUUGAUGCGGGAGGAGGUUGGUCAGGGAUUCGGAGGCGAUCAGUUCUCUCAGAUGAUGGUGGUUUGCCCGCGGGUCUCUUCGGUAGAUAUUGGAGUGCAGGCUUCUUCUAGUACGGAUGUUGCGGACUUUCAUUGUGAAGUCGGCUGUCAGACAGAGAGUGUCGUUGGGAUGGAGGGAGGAGCUUCAGGAGUUCUUCUUGGGAAAGUGACUCUGGCGGCGGAGGAGGAGCUGGAGGCACCCUCGAGUGAGGAGUCUUCUCCGAACGUGCAGUCUGAUUCUGAUAGCCGCGCCUUGUCAGGAGCGUCCCAGGGGUGUCUGAAUCGUCCCGUCACGCUCAAUGAGGUAUCGAAUCCUGUACGAGGUCACCGCAAAGGCAGAGGCAAAGGCCAACGAUGUCAUCGCAGCGCCAAGCCGGCCAAGAGCUCUAAAGGCGCCAACAUACGAGGACAAGAGUAUGCAGCUUUCGGUUUUGCGACAGAAGAGGAGUGGGAUGAAGCUAUUCGUGGCCACUGGUAUGCAACUUUCGGUGUAGAACAGCGAAGGCAGGAUGACAUGAAGUGCUUACUACUUCAGACGAUGCAUAAGAUGGAUGACAAUACUGAGAGGAUCCAGGACGCCAUAGUAGUUCAGGGUAGUAAAAUCGAUAAUGUUCAGACCCAGGUACAGAAGCAGGGUGUCGCAAUUUCCAGCUUGGACACAAGGUACAGAAGCUUGGAGGCUAGACAAAAUCAACUUGAGGCCUUCGUCCAGAGACUUCAGGGACUGGCGCGAGCAGGUUCUGUGGCGAGUGCUGCGUCUACGAGGCCUGUGUUUACGAGGCCUGCUAAUGCUAUACAUUAUACCUGAGUAUAUGCUGCCUGCCGCCGCCUCUCUUUGUUGCUUGCUUGUAUUGUGUCACGUGCUUGUUCAGUGAGACGGAUUCAGAGACAGGUUUCAUUCAUUUUCUUGAUCGUUCCGACGUGCCUGUUGAUUGAGACGUGUUGUUGCCUCAAAGAGGUUCGAUAGUAUUUGAUCUCAUGAGUUCAUCACUUCACAUUUGACGUUGAGCAGAAGACUCUUGUCAUACCGCGGGUUGUACAAGCGUAUUUCGGAUUUGAGUUGAUGUGAUUAGGUGUUCGCUGCUCGCUCAUGCCAUGCUUGUGCGUGUCGUGCGUGCGUGCUUCACUUCACACACUCAUAAGAGCUUAGGCUGUCGUCUUCCUGAUCGUCAGGAUCGGUGAGGCUUCGCCUGCUCCCUAUACGUCCGCUUCCUUGCUUCCGACUAGGCUGGAAAGCCUGCGCAGUCGACCGCAAAGUCCGCAAAACCAAGGUUGACGGUUUACCGCCGGCGCCUAGUUCCGUGGCGCUCGAGAGCUAGUUGGCAAGACAAAUCUCGA